AUGCAGCUCUCAUCCGGGCUAUUAUCGGCCGUAUGGCUGGUGACAACAGCAAUCCCACGUCUGGGACAUGCCCAGACCACUACGAGUGCCACGACGUCGGCUGCCAUUGCCUCGACGACCCCCAUAACGUCCACUGGGGUGCCAAACACCUUUGAGAUUGAUGUCAUCUACCCACGCAACGAGACGUACAAGGCCACGGACACGUUCCCCGUUGUCGUGGCGAUCCAAAGGCCACUUGUCGCAAGUCAAGUGGGGACCAGGGGGGACAACCCGGGCGGAAUUGAUGUUGGUGAUACAAUGAGCUGGAUACGCCCGUAUAAUGCCACAAUCUUCACUGAUGAUCCAUUCUUCGUCAUAGAAAACACGGACGCUACAAGGUGGAAGAAAGGAGAAUGCGGACACGAAAAUUAUGUUAGUGGAAGAAUCUUCUUCACCAUCGAUGACGAGGGCGCGAACCCCAAUAUUCUGGACGCGGACGAGUAUCCAUUUGAAGGUUCAGUGGUCCAAGUCAACAAUAAUACAGGGUCUUGCCCGGCAUUCACAGUGUUAGGGAACGGGACUGGUAACCCCUGCGCCAUUAAGAUUGACGCAGCAAAGGCAACCAGCAUCUCAAGCCAGAUUGCCUCGCUGGCAACACCCGCCCCAGCAGCCACUACCACGGCGAUGAACGAUGACAAGGAUAACGCUGCCGGCAGUUUGGGUAUCUCCAUUGCUUUAGCCCAAGCGGCUGUCCUUGUUUCUGCUUCAUUGUUGUGCAUGUAG